AUGCGACUUCGCGGUGUGUUUCGUGCAGCCAAGCUGCCCAACGGACAACGCGCCAUUGGCACAAAAUGGGUGUUCAAGAUCAAGCACAAGGCGGAUGGGUCAAUCGAGAAGUACAAGGCAAGUCUCGUGGCAAAGGGCUUUCUCCAGAAGUAUAGAAUCGACUACACCGAGACGUUUUCGCCCGUGGUCAAGUAUGUGACGCUGCGAAUGGUGAUCGCAAUUUCCAAGCAUUUUGGAUGGCCCAUCGACCAGCUUGAUGUGGUGACAGCUUUCCUGUAUGGCGUCAUGAAGGAACAAGUGUUCUGCGUGAUUCCUGAAGGCGUCGAACUUGACAGUACGUUCGACUGCCUGGAAUUGGUGAAGUCAAUUUACGGCCUCAAGCAAGCGUCGCGAGUGUGGAACGAGACGUUCGAUGAGUAUAUGUGCUCCAUCGGAUUUCAAGUGUCAGGCUUCGACCCAUGUCUCUACAUCAAGAUUAUGGAAGACCAAUGCGUAUUAAUUUUGGUCUAUGUGGAUGACGUGUUGGUGACAGGAAGCUCACCCAAGUUGAUUGCACACACCAAGGAAGACCUGAAGACACGCUUCGAGAUGACUGAUAGCGGCAAGUGUGCAUUUGUUCUUGGGAUCGAGUUAUUGGACGGUGAAGAUGGCAGCGUGACUAUGUGUCAGCGCCGUUAUGUCGACGAUGUCCUCAAGCGCUUUGGAAUGGAUGAGUGCAAGGCUGUGGCAAGUCCGGUGGACGUCAGCUCUCGACUGGUUCCAAGCAACUUUGCAAGCAAGGUGGAUGUCCCAUUCCGUGAAGCAGUGGGUGCUUUGAUGCAUCUGACGACUGCAACGCGACCGGACAUCGCCUAUGCUGUAAGCUUUGUGUCACGGUUCAUGGAGAAACCCCAAGAAGAACACUGGGUUGCAGUCAAGCGCAUCUUCCGCUACCUACAAGGCACCAAGAUGCAUGGAAUCUGCUACAAGCCAAGUGCGAAGAUCGACUUUCGUGGCUAUUCAGAUGCAGACUGGGCCGGUGACCUUGCUGAUCGCAAAUCGACGUCCGGCUACGUCUUCAUGCUAUUGGGUGCUCCGGUGAGUUGGGGCAGCAAGAAACAGCCAAGUGUGUCACUGUCUACAAGCGAAGCGGAGUACAUCGCGCUCAGCCUGGCGAUCCAAGAAGGCAAGUGGAUCAAUCGCUUGCUGUGCGAGAUCAUGGCGGCUGCAAACGAAGAAGGACCCGGAGCUCGUCAUCCGUGA